CUCUUCUCUCCUUUUUCUUUCUUUUUCUCCAAAAAUUCAUGUCAUUAAUGAAAAUUCCAUUUUUUUACGUUAUGGGGCUCUUCUUUUUUUUCCUUGUUUUGAGGUUUAUCUUAUCCGUUUUUUUGUUAUGCAAACCUUCAACUAAUGGGGUUUAACUUGGAUUUUCUCAUGAUUAUGGUAUUGAUAGUUUUCUUGAUUUUUGUGGUUGUUUGAUGGGAUUGGUCAAACCACGUGGGUUUAUGGAGUUAAAGGACAAAGACAGCCAUUAUAUGGAUAAGAAAGAAUCUGGCAAGGGAAUUUCUGAGGAAGUGACUCGGGAGUCACUAAUCGCCAUAUCAUACUGUGAACCAGAGAAGGAUCCUUCUAUCGAAUCUCCACCUGAAAUAUCCAACGAGUCACCAGACACUAGAGUUCAACCAGUUUCACCUGGAGAAUUCAAGGGCUAAUAUAAAGAGCUGGUUUUAUAGGCCAGCUCCAUGUUAACACUCUUCUUUUGUUACAUGUUGUUAUUCACUUUAUAAAGAACUGGAUAUUGCUUAAACUUGCAGUGUUUUCAUUCUAUUACACCUUUGAAGUCUGUUGUAAUCAGUGGCGGAGACACUUCCUUAUAUAUAAGUGUAAAUAAUUGUUUCGUAAGAA